UCAGACCUCUGUCUGAAAUCUCCACAUAAACCAAGACUUUCUCCAUCAAAACGACAUUUGAGAAAUUUCUAACUCGCCUCAAGGCAGUUGGAAUGUCAGCUGCAAAUACUACAACAGGUUUUAUCUCGGGUACAGGAUUUUCCAGCCAAUGUUUCCCCGUGAGAAGCUUAACACGAUAUAAACGGCAAGACGAUGACGGAGGAGCUUGGCUUGUUGCUUACCGAGCAGAGCAAAGAAGAAGAUUUAAGGCUGUAAUUUGUGGUGGGGAUCCCAUCAUACAAAGGCAGCCUGCAGUAACAAAGUUACAGAGUGAUGAAAUAGACUCCAUAGAAGAAGAGGGGCCACCAAAACUGGAUGGUUUCUUUCUGAUGAAACAUUUUCAUGUUGAUGAUCCAUCAGACUUAUGUUCGGUGAAAAUAAGUAGCCAAGAACUUAGAGAGGUGAAUGAAAAUGAUUUUUUGUUAUUUGACAAUGUCAUUCAUGUGGAUGCAGGAGAUAACAAUCUUCCAUUUGGGGCCUUCAGCAAGUUCCUAGCUCUCCAAGAGCUUGAGUUACCCUUGAACAAUAUUAGUGACAGCAUAAGAGUUCAGCCAGCCAUGUUUCCCAAUCUGAUGACCCUAGAUAUGUCAUACAAUCGUUUAACUGGAGGUGACAUCUUAGCACUCGGGCUUCUUGAGAGUCUUCGAACCUUAUAUUUGACAGGCAAUGAAAUAAAAAAGCUUCCUGUUGAAAUGACAAGAACAUAUAGAACUAUCACAGGAAUGACGCAUUCAGGUACUGUUGAAUCAGAAGACAAAAGGCUAAGAUUUCCUGCUCUGGAAAACUUAUACCUGGAUCACAAUGGAUUAACAGAUUUGUCGACAUUUGCAAGUCUGGCAGGACUGAAAAGACUUAAAUAUCUCAACCUGGAGCACAAUGAGAUAUCUUCUAUUCCCCAUUUGCGGCUUUUGGGUGCUCGUGUAAAUCAAGGUGAAAGUUCAAGGCAAGAAAUUGUACAGACUGAGAACAGCUCUUUACCUGAUGUUCUUGAAGAAAAUUUGAAAGAUUUGCAAAAAGAAGGAUCUCUUGACUACAACGAAGAAACAAAAAAGGUUGGAGAAAAAGACAAUGCCAAGGAGCUCGCCUUCAAUUUAGAUGAAGCUGAUGACAUUUUAAGUCGAAAUCUUGUGAGUGACGAACAUGGAGAAGAAAAGAAUCGACCAGUAUUGAAACUAAGGUCGAGUACUUUGACUGAGGAUCCUUCUCUGCUAGGUGACAGAUACAAUCCCCCCUUGCCAUUUGCCAGGUUACUUCACUUGAACCUGGCAAACAAUCUCAUCUUUGAAGAAGAUGGUCUUUUGGCUCUGAUGGGUUGGCCAUCCCUCAGAGAACUUGUAAUAUGGGGAAAUCCGCUUACAACUGCAUUCAAAGGAGAUCCUCCUGUUCUUUCGUUUCAACUUGGAAGAUUGAAGGGAGUGACGAUUUUCAGACAAAAGCCUCCGAAGAGAACAAAGCCAAUUGUCAACUUGGCAAAGAACCACAGAAAAGUUAAAGAUACACUUCCUCCAAUGCCCAAGAAGCAAAACCUGGCGAUGUUGGAAGCUCCUCCCGAACCAAAAUCAACCGCAUAUGUUGGUCCACCAUACAUGACACUGCCACCAAUAGGGUCAGCUCCUCCAACGGGACGGCAGCGUGAGACUUCCACCCCGAGAAAACUCUCUACCGCGCCUGGCCUCGCUGAUACAACACCCCGAGGCGACCGUCCUUCUUUCAGCCGAGCCAACACUACACCUCUCGAGUUUCCCGAGUCAGCGGUUUACCAGUCCGGUCACACUACAAGACAGACAAUAAAGACGGAAGGAGGAGCUACUAUCAGUGAAAGUUUGGGAACUGCCGAUGGGCGACAUCAACCUCGCGCAGAAAAGCAGCUUAAUUCUGAGGACGGAUUUUUUAUGACUCAAGUUGAUGAACAAGAAGAUGCACAGAACAUUCAAGCCCCAGUCCAAAAGCCAAAGAAAAGUAAAGAAAAGGAGCGACCCUUUAGCGUGGAAACAAAGUACAAAGGCUACGAGGAUCUUUUGGAUGUUGAUGAAGACGACCCUGACAUUAUAGUGCCAAAGGAUCUUCAAGGAAGUGUACGAGCUUUAACCUAUGCCUUGGCUCAUCCUUUGAUCUUCAGUAAACCUCAUGGAACUUUCAAAGAACGAAGGGUUAAAAAGGCUCAAACGGUAUCAACAUCAACGGGAACGAAGUCUCGGCAAAGCAAAGUAGAAGAACUAGGGGGAAUUCUAGACAAGAUGCGAGUCCAGUCCAAGACCAAAGAGUCCAACCUAGAAACUGCUCUCCAAGAUUUAAAGAAGGAUCCAAAGCUUAAACAAGAAUAUCGUGAGGCUAAGAAGCUCUUGAAUGAGGUCCAAACGAAGUACAACGAAGUUCGGGUAGCUUCGCUGAAACAGACGGCCAUCACUCAAGAACUCUUCGAAACACGACCCGAAGAACGAACGAAAGAAAAGAAGACACGAACCGACGUUACUUUUCAAGCGAGAGGAGAGAGUCUGGGAAGCAACAAGACUAUAGCCAAGGAACUGAAACGAUUCAAAGAGAAAAUAGACAGCCGAUUAUGACAUGAUGCUGUACAUGCCUGUGGUGUGCUAUGAUUGUAAAUAUUCUUUGAUUCGAUCGAAUGAUAAGCUAUUCGUAUCUUUGCAAUGGCAUUGAAAAGCAAAAUUGUAUUCAGAUGUUGUAAAUAAAACUAUUAUUUUUAAACUUA